AUGGCACCAUUGAUAGAUAACAAUCACCAUCUGCACAAUUCUGCCUUCAGCGCUGUAUUAAGAAGAAUUAAGGAGAAUUUUUUGUUUGGGGGGAAGUAUCUUGCAGAUUUAUACAUUUGAGGGACAUCAUAGUCUGUCUGUAAAAUCAGAUGGGAAUGUGGAUUGCAACAGCAAAAUAAAUCGCCUGGAGAUCUUUACAGUAGCCCAAAUCGGAAUACCACUAUCGCCUUCAGUUAAUUGAAACAUUCUAGAGAGUAUUUAAUACUGGUUAGAAACAAUCAUUGUGGCCUCAUCACAGGGGGCGGGAAAUGCAUAGCUGGUACAUAGGGCAAAUGCUGUGAAUGCUUAAAAGUUGUUUCCUUGGAUAAGAAUCAACUUGACAGAAGCGGAAUGGAAGGGUAAGCUUUUGGGGUGAGCUGAAAACUACAAAACAGAGCUUCUUGGGUACUUCUGGAUCCCCUGACAGGAAGUGGUACUCCGAGGAAAGGGAAGAGAUUGCCACUGUUUCCUUUAAGAAUAUCUCACGUUGCGGGGCGGUGCUUCCCACCAGCUACCUCCUAACCGUAUCAAUCCAGGCUAGAAGACAUUAUUUCUGCGCGCUGUUUAAUCUUGCCAAAAUGAGCAAAUUCGAUCAAGGCACAAGCAGGAGCCUCAUUUCCUUUUCUGAUACCUGCGUUUCAUUAGGAAAAUAAAGCAGCGAGCCCGCACUGCAAUCCUCUGCACUCUGUGUAGUGCCGGGACAAGCUGUUACUCUCCAUUGUAGAAGACAGGAGGGAGAAGUCCAAAAUACUUUCCAUGAUGAGGUGUUACCACAUCUGCAAACUUCCUGGGAGGGUGAUGGGAAUCCGAUUACUCCGGUUCUCUUCCAUCAUCAUCCUUGUGUUACUGUUGGUGGCAGGUGCUUUGACUACCUUGCUUCCUAACAUAAAAGAUGAUAAAAUGCCCACUUCCCGCAGAGAAGCAAAACCCCAGAGCCAGUCAGCCCUGGAUUCCUUUACUCUCAUCAUGCAGACGUACAACAGAACAGAUCUGUUGCUGAGGCUGUUAAAUCAUUACCAAGCGGUGCCUCAUCUACACAAAGUGAUUGUCGUCUGGAACAACAUUGGAGAGAAGGUGCCAGAGGACUUGUGGAAUGCCCUUGGGCCUCAUCCUGUCCCUGUGAUUUUCAAAAUACAAACUGUGAACAGAAUGAGAAAUAGACUCCAGACCUUCCCGGAACUGGAAACCAAAGCCGUUUUAAUGGUGGAUGAUGACAUGCUAAUUAGCGCUCAUGACCUCGUUUUUGCAUUCUCAGUUUGGCAGCAAUUUCCUGAUCAGAUUGUAGGAUUUGUCCCUAGAAAGCACGUCCCUACUGCUUCAGGUGUUUAUAGUUAUGGUGGGUUUGAGCUGCAAAUACCAGGAUUUGGAAAUGGGGACCAGUAUUCCAUGGUGCUGAUUGGAGCAUCAUUCUUCAACCGCAAAUACCUCGAGCAGUUCCAGAGACAGCCAGCGACUGUCCAUGCUUUGAUAGAUGAGACCCAAAAUUGUGAUGACAUCGCCAUGAACUUUAUGGUCGCCAAACACAUCGGGAAGACUUCAGGAGUAUUUGUCAAGCCUGUGGAAAUGGGCAAUUUAGAAAAAGAGACAAGCAGUGGUUAUUCUGGAAUGUGGCACCGGGCAGAUCACUUCCUGCAGAGGUCUUAUUGUAUAAAUAAGCUUGUGAAGGUCUAUGACAGCAUGCCCUUAAAAUAUUCCAACAUUAUGAUUUCCCAGUUUGGUUUUCCAUACUAUGCCAACCACAAAAGCAAAAUGUAAAAAAAAUGAAUGAAUAAUAAUCCUCGAACUGCUUGGGUAUUUGGGUAGCUUCUCAGUGUUAAGUUUUUAUAGCAACAUUAUGGACUGUUAUCCCCUCUGAAGUCCAAGGUGGUCACUACUCAGGUAUGGUAUGUGUAGUGCCACUAGCUAGGGAAAUCCCUCCUUGUUUCAGAAAUAGAGAUGUCGCUGGUGUUGUUGCCAGGGUAGGCCUCUUGUUAAGGAAUUUUGAUCCAGGUGCAUAACUUCCUUGGUUUGUGACAUAACUGUUUACAUUUUGAGACUGUUUUUCUUCUUUUCUGACUCCUGGCAUUUGCCUUAAGGACUAUAGAGAGCUGUCUCCAGUGUCUGAAACCCAUGAGACAUUUCUCUUAGCUUUCUCGUUUAAGGCUGCUUGCCUUCAUCUCAAGCCUCAGAUGCCAGUUAGGCUUAUGAAAAAGGAGAAGUCCUGUAUUGUGUCUGGGAAGGCCAUGGAAGAAAGCAUAAUAUUAACCGCACAUUUCUUACAAGGAGAAAAGCUAAAGGCAGCUGCUGAGUCCUCUGCUGGCCGACCCAACCUCUCUUGUCUAGACAUAUCCUGCAGACGAGGAUGUGGCUGCAGUCACCCCUGCUUUCAUUUUCACUGCUGGGUCUCUCAUGACUUGGUGGUUGUCUUGUAGCUAAAGAAUGUCUGGUUGCUAACUUCAUUUUUUCCAAACAUCUACUGCAUGGAUCACAGAAAAUGCAGCCCAUGUUAACUUAUAUGCAGCUGAAAGUCUCAAGGCAUAUCGAGAUUGAGGUUGUGCAUUUUGUCGUUAAAUCUGACCUCAAGAAUGUACACUCAUUCACUUGUAUACUUUGCAUCAGGUUUGCAUCAUCAUUAUAGAAAUGCGUACAAACCAGUUCUGUUUUAGAAGAAUGUUAAAACAGGGAUUUAAUGAGAUAAUGUAUGUAAAGCGCUUUGUAAACUUUAAAGUGCUCUGUAAAUGUGAAUUAUUAUUAAUAGGGCCUGGCAGAGGUGCCCUUGUAGAAUUCUAAUAAACAAGUUCAAACAGACCGUA